AUUAUAAAAUUUAUUCCUGGAAAUAUAUGGUCAUUUUAGUCAAAUCAUAUCCAAAAACAAAAGUUAAAUAAAAAUCCGUGUUCAAGUAUUUUUCGAAACAACAACAACAUCAACCAACCCCAACUGCCAGUUCCACGGAUUACAUGUCUUUUAAACUGUUGCUUGACGCCACCUCUUCAAAACCUUCCUUUAAAUUUCUCUCUCUCUCUCUCUCUCUCUCUCUCUCUCUCUCUCUCUCUCUUUACUUCCACUCAGAUUUUUCGUUGUCGCUUCCGCAGCCUACUCUUUCUUUUUCCAAUGGACACGGCUGCAGACAAUCACAGCCCUUCAUCGUCAUCUUCUUCUUCUUCUUCUUCGGACGCGGACGUGACGCCGCGCGGAGCAACCUCUGCCGUCCAUCGAGCUCUACAGUUAAUCCAAUCCGACGACUCGAGUUCGAAGGUGCAAGCCGCUAAGGAAAUUCGGCGACUGACCAAAACUUCCCAGAGGUGUCGGCAGCUUCUCGCCGACGCUGUUAUCCCACUCGUUUCUAUGCUCCGAGUUGACUCACCUGAGUCCCAUCACGAGUCCGCCCUUCUCGCCCUCCUUAACCUCGCCGUUAAAGACGAAAAGAAUAAGAUCACCAUUGUGGAAGCAGGUGCCUUGGAACCAGUCAUAAGCUUCCUUCAAAAUGAGAACUUAAACCUACAAGAGUAUGCAACAGCAGCUUUGCUCACUCUAUCUGCUUCUGUCAACAACAAGCCAAUUAUAGGCGGAUCUGGUGCCAUUCCUCUGCUUGUGGAUAUCCUUAGACAUGCAAGCACACAAGCUAAGGUUGAUGCUGUAAUGGCUCUUUCCAAUCUCUCAACACAUCCUGACAAUCUUGCCAUCAUUUUUGGAACCAGUCCCAUACCUCCUAUAGUUAAUUUACUGAAAACCUGUAAAAAGUAUUCGAAAACAGCUGAAAAAUGCUGUUCUCUGAUAGAAUCCUUGGUGGGUUUUGAUGAAGGAAGAAUAGCUUUGACAGGUGAAGAAGGUGGAGUAUUAGCAGUGGUGGAAGUGCUUGAAAAUGGCACUCUCCAAGCUAGGGAGCAUGCUGUUGGGGCUCUACUGACAAUGUGUGAGAGUGACCGGUGUAAAUAUAGGGAACCAAUUCUUAGAGAAGGUGUAAUCCCUGGACUACUCGAGCUAACAGUGCUAGGAACACCCAAGUCUCAGACAAAAGCUCAAUCCCUUUUGCGGUUACUGAGGGAUACUCCAUAUCCUCGAUCUGAGCUUCAACCUGACACACUGGAGAACAUUGUUUGCAACAUAAUCUCUCAGAUCGAUGAAGAUGAUCAAUCUAGUAAAGCAAAGAAGAUGUUGGCUGAGAUGGUCCAAGUUAGUAUGGAACAGAGCUUGAGACAUUUACAGAAAAGGGCUAUGGUUUGCACCCCAACUGAUUUGCCCGUUAGUAAUAGUUGUACUGAAGUUUCAUCCAAAUGAUUGCUUCUGGUUUCUGCUUCCUCGCCACCCCUUUAUUGUGGUGUUUGUUACAUAAAAUUUUCCUUGUAGAAAUGAUGAAAUAACAUAUAGUGAAAAUGCCAGUCCAGGCCGCUUGUGGUGGUAUCGGGGUGACUGGUAAAAGUGUUAAUAAACUGGAAAUUAUAUGAUGUUGAAAGCAUACAUAUAAGAAACUAUUGUGUGAAAUGUUUUACAGAAGUUUCCCUGUCGCCUUAUCUCUCAUGGUUUUACGAUUUGAUUGAAGUAAACCUUUUCAGAAGACAAGAAAAAGAGUUCAAAAUCUGGCUUUGAUAUCAUUGUCACCAAACUACUUCAACAUACCUGAAUGGUGACAGAAAAUUUCAGCUUGGCAUGCAAAACAUGGAUGGCUUAACUGAUGUGUAAAUUAGGUAGACAUGGCACUAGAGUUAGAUAGAAUUUUCACUUUUGUGGCAUUGGACCAUUUGAAUAUAUAUUUUUUAAUCCGAUACAAAUGAUAUUGGAUUUUGCAAAUAGAGGUAGCUUUCUCUCCAACCAUAAAUCUCAGCUCUCUUGCUUUAGGAUUUAGUUUUCAGCGUUGGGGACGAUUAUUUCUGUCUUUAACAUCGUUUUUCCUAACAGGUUCGGGACACAAAAUAUAGCUUUCGUAUAGGUCAGCUAGCGUAGCAAGCUUACCAUGAAACUGAAAUUCUCAUUAGAGGGAGAUGGGGCGGAUUUUAAAUGAAGAAAGAUGGGCAUCAGCCAUCAAGUCAGCAUCAAUCGUGUUUGUUGAAUUGAUAUUUCCUUUGUGAGUGUCAAUUACAAUUCAUUACUUGCCGAAUUUUUGUAUGAAACUGCUGUUGUCUCAUUUCUUAAUGGAGGACAGGUUAAAUGGUGGGAAUUUCCCAAUUCUAAGUGGAUGUAAUUUUCCUGCUUUUUUACAACUUAUCUUUUACAUUUUUUUUAACUACAGUUUCAAUGACAAAACUCACCAA